AUGCUUGCUAUUCGCCCAUCAGUCUGUAGGGCGUGCCGAAAGGCCCAGAUUCGCCCGGCGAGAGCGUUCGCAACCGCCAGCGGUCCCAUCCAGCAGCCGCCCCGCGACAACUAUGUGAAGCUCGUCGAGGUCGGUCCUCGCGAUGGCCUCCAGAACGAGAAGAAGACGAUACCCCUUGCGACCAAGAUCGAGCUGAUUGAGAGGCUCGCCAAGACUGGUGUGUCUACAAUUGAAGGCGGCUCCUUUGUCUCGCCGAAAUGGGUUCCCCAGAUGGCCAAUUCAAGCGAAAUUCUCGAGCACCUCCUCACCCGAAAGGUCUCCUCUCCAGCCCAAACAUCAUACUCAUUUCUUGCACCGAAUAUCAAGGGUCUGCAGAACGCCCAGGCGCUGCUGGUCAAAUACCCCGGCGCAUUCGCAUCACAACUACAGCCCUCAGCUGAUGCUUCGACCCCCGCCGUCGAAGUUGCCGUUUUCGCGGCAGCGACCGAAUCUUUCUCGAAGAAGAACCUCAACUGCGACAUUGCGACGUCACUAGACCGCUUCCGCGAGGUCAUUCGCGAGUCAAAAGCGGCCGGCCUCCGCGUUCGCGCAUACGUCUCCGUGGUCCUCGGUUGCCCCUUUGAGGGGUACGACGUUGACCCGCACAAGGUCGCCGAGAUCUCGACGGAACUGCUGGAGUCGGGCGCCGAUGAGGUGUCUCUGGGCGACACCACCGGUAUGGGAACCGCUCCCCGGACCAAGGAGCUGCUGAAUUGCAUGAGGGCUGCGGGAAUCCGCAACGAGGACAUUGCGAUGCACUUCCACGACACGUAUGGCCAGGCUCUGGUUAACACGGCUGUGUCUUUGGAGCAUGGCAUCCGCACGUUUGACAGCAGUGUUGGCGGCCUUGGAGGAUGCCCUUACAGCCCCGGUGCGACUGGCAAUGUGGCUACGGAAAACAUGAUUUACUUUAUUGAGAGUCUGGGUAUGGACACUGGCAUUGACCUGGAUGCGAUGUCUGAUAUUGGUGCUUGGAUCACGGGCGAGUUGAGCAAGGCCAACGACAGCACUGUUGGAAAGGCUGUUUUGGGCGCCAGAUCUCGUGAAGCGGCGACAGCGUAG